AUGUCCGCUGACCAUCCAACAACAUCAGAAACGGCACGUUUGAAUGCCUUCCUCGCGGACUGUCUGUCUGUCGGUAGCUUAAAGGGUUUUAAACAUUUUGAGCUGUACUUGAGGGGACGCGAAGAACUCUUGCUUCGUAUAUACAACGUUGGUAAGCCUACUACCCCAACAUGUGAGACAAGUCGGAGAAAUUACAAUUCCUUAUCAUUGGCGAAGUUGCAGAGCAACGCAUUGUUCUCUCCGAGGACGCGGCAAUUCUUAAAUAAUGGCAUAUAUGCAAAUGAAAACGGUGUCUCGUUACUUCCUAGCCCAUUGGACAAGGAUUUGGAAAAGGAUGAGUCUAAAACCGUUUUCCUGAUUGCUGGCUAUGCCCGGUAUAAGUGUCCUUAUGUUUGGCUUCGUUCAAACCAUAAAAGUCUAAUUCAAAUACAAGAUAACCAGCAACUUGAAACCGAUAGUCCGCUUAAACUCGAUACAAUAGCUGCAUGGAAAACGCAAGACGUCAUACUAUGGAACAUAAUGGCCGAAAUCAUAACUUUAUCACUUUCACCACCGCCAACUAAUCCAUUCGAAAUCGACCAUUCGUAUUAUGAUACACUUCCUGUGGAAGAAUGUGCUGUUAGUACUGGAGCUAUGGUCGAUUUUUUGCAAAAAGUAUAUCUAAAAGACGUUGAAUAUGCCGACAAAGGUGAAUUAAGAACCGAGCUAUAA